CGCCAGGAGGCGGAGCGCGUCGCAGGCUGCUCCCGUCAGUUCCCGAGGCGGAGACGGCGCCGGCCGCAGUUUAGCUAACAAUGAAUCAGAAAGAAAUGACUGGCAACCAAAACUCACGGGAUAAUUUGCUGGCAGAUUUCCCUCAAGGCCCCCUUUCCAGAUACCGUAAGAAAGCUUCCUUCAACUGGAAGGAGAUGGCACUUUUCAUAGAUGGUGAAGAUGUCAUCCAGCUGAAGAACAGAAUCUUCUCUGCUCUGGAAAAUGAUCCUCUCUUUGCACAUCAUCCUGGAGAGGAUUUGUGCCGUGAGAGGUACCAGGAGCUGACCUUCCUGCGCUGUAAAAAGCUCUUUGAGUACGAGUUCCUCACUCAGCAAGAAGCGAUGGCGGACCCAUUAAGGCUCUUUCAUAUGGUGAUCUUUAUAGGAAUGUAUGAUUGGUCUCUGUGUCUCAAGUUUUUCUUACAUUCUGGUUCAUUUGCAGGUUCAAUUAUGAGUGCUUCUAAGAGACUUGCAUACGUUUUGGAACAAGCUUAUAGCAUGGAGAUUUUUGGUUGUUUUGCUCUGACUGAACUCAGCCACGGAUCUAACACCAAAGGCUUACGGACUACAGCCACGUUUGAUCCCAGCACUCAGGAAUUCAUCAUCAAUACACCUGAUUUUGAAGCUGCAAAGUUCUGGGUUGGUAAUCUGGGGAAACAUGCCACUCAUGCAGUUUUGUAUGCCCAGCUCUAUACUCCUGAUGGACAGUGCCAAGGAUUGCAUCCCUUUAUUGUACAGAUUCGAGACACAAAAACUCUCCUACCAAUGCCAGGUGUGAUGGUAGGAGAUGUAGGAAAGAAAAUUGGGCUGAAUGGGUUGGAUAACGGAUUUGCCAUGUUCCACAAUGUCAGGAUACCAAAAGAAAACAUCCUGAAUAUAGCUGGAGAUGUCACAGCUGAGGGGAAGUACUCAAGUUCUAUCAAGGAGGUUAAAGAACGUUUCAGUGCAGCUCUGGGAUCCUUGUCCAGUGGCAGAAUUAUGAUCACAGGACUUUCCACAACCAACUUAAAGCUUGCCUUGGCAAUAGCCAUCCGCUUCUCAGCAGCUCGCCGUCAGUUUGGACCCACUGAGGAUGAAGAAAUACCUGUCCUUGAAUACCAAACACAGCAAUGGCGUCUUUUACCUUAUCUGGCUGCUGCAUAUGCCUUAGAUUAUUUCUCAAAGUCCCUGUUUGGGAACUUUGUAGAGUUUUUUGCAGGUGUUUUGGCAAAGGACAGGAAUCAGAGACAGGCUGAUUUGGGACGUGAGAUUCAUGCUUUAUCUGCUGCCAGCAAAUCACUGGCAUCUUGGACUGCUCAGCAGGCAGCCCAGGAGUGCCGAGAAGCUUGUGGAGGUCAUGGUUACCUUGCCAUGAAUCGUCUGGGUGAAAUCCGAAAUGACAAUGAUCCAAACUGCACAUAUGAGGGAGAUAACAAUGUCCUGCUUCAGCAAACCAGCAACUACUUAAUGAGCUGGAUGAAUUGCAUAAGAGAUAAAGCUCCUUUUGAAUCCCCUUUGGGAACAAUAAACUUUUUGCAAGACUACCAUCAUAUUCUUGGCUGGAAAUUCACAGCCAUUAGUGUUGAAGAUUGCAUGGACUCCUCAGUUCCUUUAGCAGCUUAUAAAUGGUUGGUUUGCUACCUGCUCCGAGAAAGUGACCUAAAAAUGAAUAAGGAGAAGCAGGCUGGACAAAGUGAUUUUGAGGCAAAAAACAACUGUCAGGUGUACUACUGUCGGUCUCUGGCUCUGGCUUUCAUUGAGCAGACAGCCUUGCAGCGCUUCCACGACUACAGCCACGAUCCCAGCGUCCCAGCAGCUCUGCAGCCAGUGCUGAGGCAUCUCAGUGCUCUCUAUGGGCUCUGGUCCUUGAGUAAACACCUGGCUGUGCUCUACCAAGGUGGCUAUGCUUCGGGGGAACAACCUGGGAAAUUUAUUCAGGACGCUAUUCUGAAGCUCUGUUACAGGUUGAAAGAUGAUGCAGUUGCCCUGGUUGAUGCCUUUGCUCCUUCAGACUUCAUUCUCAAUUCUGCCAUUGGUAAAGCAAGUGGAGAGUUAUACAAAAAUAUGUGGGGAGAGAUCCUUCAAGGCAACAAAGUUCUGAACAGACCUUCAUGGUGGGCAGAAUUUUGCAUGAAUAAACCUGUUAUAGGCAGGCUGAGGUCAAGAUUGUAAACCAAACAGCUUUUAAGAGUCUGGAUGGGCCUGAGAUGGAUACCUUGUGACAAACAUCAGGAGGAAAUGAGGCCAUAUGAAUGAUGAAAAUUGAAGGGAUUUUCACCAGGAGGUGCCAAGUUAUUUUAAAACUUUGAAAUCAAGUCCAACUUGAUCUGAGGGACUGUUAACAUAAUAAUGACAAGAUCGAGAGCAGCACAUCUGCACACUAUACAUAUUUACUUAAUUAAAUUUUAAAAAAUGAAGAUUUAUUUUAAUCAUUGAUUUGCAAAGUUUAUAUUAAAAAGAUUUUCCAAUCA